GCCGGGGUGACGGGCGCCGGUGCGUCAGGCGGGCGGGGCCGGCGGGACGCGGCGCGGCGGCGGAGCGGGGCAGGGAUGCGGGUACCGUGACUCACAGUGGGUGCCCAUGACAGACCUGGCUUCGCCCAUGGGCGAGAGCCCCUUCGCCUUCCCAGGCGGCGAGGAGGGGCUGGGGGACGAGAAGGCGCUGGUGAUCCACAGCCAGGCAGAGGAGGAGGCGGAGAAGGAGUUCAAGUGCAUCCUCUGCGGGGAAUGCUUCGGCCAGCAGCCCAGCCUUGCCCGACACCAGAAGCACCACGCUGGGGAACGCACCUUCAUCUGUGCCGAGUGUGGCAAAGCCUUCAGCCUCAAGCACAACCUCAUCAUCCACCAGCGCAUCCACACUGGGGAGCGUCCCUACCAGUGCGGCGUCUGCCAGAAGAGCUUCAGCCUCAAGCAGAACCUGCUCACCCACCAGCGCAUCCACAGCGGUGAGAAGCCCUUCUCCUGUCAGCGCUGCGGGAAGCGCUUCCGUGAGCAGCGCUUCCUCCUCAACCACCAGCGCACCCAUGCCGAGGACCGGCCUGGCACCACCACUGACACGGAUGUCCAGCCCGGCGGCAGCCGCUCACCAGAGCCUCAUGAGGCAGCCGGCGGCCCCUUCGCCUGUGCCCGGUGUGGGAAGAGCUUCGGCUGCAGGAGCAGCCUGGCCAUGCACCAGCGCAGCCAUGGUGGGGAGCGGCCCUUCACCUGCCCCGACUGCGGCAAGACCUUCAGCCAAAAGGGCUCCCUGAGGAUCCACCGGCGCACCCACACCAGAAAUGACAGCUGUGACUGCCAGAGCAGAGCCGGACCUCAGCAGCUGCCAGCCCCAUGCCACAUCCUGCAGGGAUGGAGCUGCACCACCGGGCAUGAAGAGGAGGAGGCAGUGGCUCGCCCCGGCUGCACGGAGAGCCCCCAGUGGCGCAGAAAUCACACGAAAUAAAAAUUAAAUAAAACACAAAGCUCGAGGGUGGAGACUGCUUCCCCACUGGCAGCAGCUCCAGCAUGGAGGAGGGACUGCAUUGAGGUAGGGGGCUGCACCCCGCUGCGGCAAGGCAGAGACCCCCAGCCCAGGCAGCGCAGAGGUCCCAGCACGGUACCAGCGGUGAGGAGCUGAAGGAUGACAGCGGCGGGUAGCACCUGGCCAAGAAGGUGUGGGGUGAGGGCAGCAGGGAGGACGCAGGGUGGGAAGUCUCCACUCUGACACCAAACCGCGGGUGGCGAGCCAGAGCCUGGCUGGGAGAAGUGAGAUGCACCAGGGUAGGAAAACCUCUGCCAUGCCGGGCACAUGCGGCUGCAGGAGAGGACUGGCACAUGGCACAGCUCUGGCUCCUGAUGAGGCCAACGUCCUGGUCACUGCUGAAUCCUGAGGGAGCUGGGCCAGGGCUCCCUCCUGCAGACCCUCCCUGCACCCUUGUGUGACGCCCUGGGCCAGCCGCAGGAUCCAGGUCAAGUGUCCAGGGUAAGUGUCCCCACGGGGGGGGGACAUGUGGCACUUCACAACACCCCAGCCUUCACCUGGUGCCAGCAGCACUGCCUGUCCCGGGGCAGGAUGCUCCAUGCACGGAACAAUGAACCAGAGCAGCAGAAAUGCAUUUUCCAAACCCAGGGACGUUGUUCCCCGAGCGUGUCACUCAGCACAGGGCCGUCCUGGUGGGCUGGCACCACGCUGCCCAUGCGCUUCCCCCCAGCUCCCAGUACUCCCAGACAAGGAGCGAAGCCCUCACGGGUGCCUGCACAGGGACCCCCCCGCACUGCCCUGUCCCCCCACCAUCUCCUUUGCUGCUGUUGUGUGGAAAUGCAGGUACUUCGAUAUGUAUCAUUAAACGAAUUAAAGCCUGGAAAAUCCCA